CACAUUGGCGGCCAUUUUGAAUGUACGAUAAAGUCAAGGAMAAAUUAGAYCAUUUYCCAUUAAAAUUAAGACAGAUCUGCGUGGACAAAGAUAAUGUCUGAGGAUUUAGCUAAUGCUUAUGCCAUAAGACCGAACUUCAAGCAAAAGUUUAGACCCGGGGCAGUUAAAAGUAUAAUACACGAUGUUUUAAAUGAUGAAAUUGGUAACAAAAAAUAUGAUGUAGAAGAGUCAAAAACAUGGCCAAAGAUUGUCACAGAUAACUUGCUCUUGAAGUUGAAAGAGCUGGACUUGGACAGAUACAAGUUUGUAGUACAAGUUGUAAUUGGUGAACAAAGAGGGGAGGGUGUUAAUGUUGGAUGUCGAUGUUUAUGGGAUUCAGAUACUGACAACUUUGCUCAAGAUGUACUAAUGACUGACACGUUCUUCUGUGUUGCUGCGGUCUAUGGAGUGUUCUACUACUGAGCUUCACUGCUUGUAGAUAUUUUUUAAACUUUGUAAAUAAAUACUGCAUUUGAAAGAUUUCACGGAACAAUUUUGGUAUCCAGAAACUUCUAAUUCCCCUCACUCGUGUAAUGCAUGUGUCACUCAACUUUGAAUAUUAUUGUAAUAUAAUUUAUCUACUAUAGCUAUUCACUUUAUGCAUAUCAGUGCACACUAUAAUAUUGUGUAAUGAAACUGAAAACCUAUUAAAAACUAUACCACUCGGGAAAACUGAA